UUUUGUUUUGGACCUCGAGCGGGAGUUGGCGGCGGCUUCGGGAUCUGUGGUGCUACAGACCAAGACAGGAAAAGCCAGGCUGGGCGAUUAGGUGGAUCUGCCGACCAGACAGUCAACCAGCAACAACGAACUAAUCUCGCAAUCUACAGCUUACCCAUCUGACCAACCUCCCACUUAGCUAACCCAAGCCCCUCCACCGUCAGCUGAGGUUCGGCCGUUCCCCGGCCCACCUGCCGGAGCCGUGGUGGCAGCCCCAGGAGGAGCGCUGGCGUCCGUUUCCUUCGAUUCUCGGGAUUUGAAGAUGGCUGCACAGUCAGCACCGAAAGUUGUGCUAAAAAGCACCACCAAGAUGUCUCUAAAUGAGCGCUUUACUAAUAUGCUGAAGAACAAACAACCGAUGCCAGUGAAUAUUCGGGCUUCGAUGCAGCAACAACAGCAGCUAGCCAGUGCCAGAAACAGAAGACUGGCCCAGCAGAUGGAGAAUAGACCCUCUGUCCAGGCAGCUUUAAAACUUAAGCAGAAGAGCUUAAAGCAGCGCCUGGGUAAGAGUAACAUCCAGGCACGGUUAGGCCGACCCAUAGGGGCCCUGGCCAGGGGAGCAAUCGGAGGACGAGGCCUGCCCAUAAUCCAGAGAGGCUUGCCCAGAGGAGGACUACGUGGGGGACGUGCCACAAGAACCCUACUUAGGGGCGGGAUGUCACUCCGAGGUCAAAACCUGCUCCGAGGUGGACGAGCCGUAGCUCCCCGAAUGGGCUUAAGAAGAGAAAGGUGCCAGAAAGAGCCAGCGUUCUCCCCAGUGCCGCGGUUUCUGAGUUUGUAUAGUUCUGUUCUAACAUCUUUAAUAGCCUCUUAGAAGUGUUUAGAAAUCUGGAGCUCAAAAAGGCAUUCUGCCACAUUGUAAUUGGAAACCAUUGCCACAGGGCCACAUAACAGUGUACAUGUGGUAGCAGCUCUGAUUUGACUGAAGUUAUUACCCUGUGCACUGGGCCCACACAGAUGAGACCGUUUUGUGCUGGUUGAGUACAUGCACUUUCUACCUUCAUGAGAGAUUUACAGACUUCUUUUGGCUUUAUUAUGUCAUAUCCCAGAGGGGGUACCAUAGAGCUGUCUUACACCUGCAAUACAGAGGAUGGAGGAUGGUGGCAGAGGAGCUGCUGGGAGGGGUCAGGAGAUAGCCAUGUUGGAAUGCAGUUGGCUUCAUGUUUAUCCCACACCAGUCUUGGGCUUUUCCACUCACUGGCUUUGGCCCUUUUUGUAUCUUCCUUGAAGGUUUAAAUUCAACCAUAUUCUGUCCACUUCCAGUUUCAGUGACAUCUUGUAUUUCUGGUUCAUUAUAACAAAUUGUUCUCUCAAAU